GAGAAGCGUCCAAUGUUGCUCGCAACAAUUUGAAAAACCGCGUAUUUCCAUUGGAAUAGUUCGGGCCAGAAUCGCAAUAUGAAUGCAUAUGAAUUGACAAGGUAAUUGCGAUGAACCUGACUUUCUUCUUGAACUCAUUCCAUUCCUUUACCUUCAUUCCACGCCUGCAAUCUUUUAUUAUCCACGCUAAAUCCAAUUCAGCUCUUUAUAUAGCAAAAAUGGACGACUCCAUCAAUCACUUCCAUCACUUCCCAAACAAGGCUUUAAAGUUGUGCAGCAUGCUUUCAGAUUGCAAGUCUUUAAACCCAAAUCCCCCAUCUUCUUUUUCUUCUUGUGUAUUGACUCCAACGUCUGGGGAUGAGGAAGUGGAAUUCGAACCCGCGACCUCUGCAAGCUAUGCAAACGAUAUAACUUUAGAGGAAUGGCAGGCAUGGGGGACGUCUUCUCAGAUUCCUGCCAUGGUGAAGAAGAUUUUAGAUAACGUGAAACCAUUGGAACGAGAGCUCGAAAUGCAAUUAGAUUUUUGUGGCACUCGAGGGAAGCUUCAGGGUCAGGGUAAGGUUGAAGAGGAUAAAAAACACAGAGGAAUAUAUAAAGACCUUCUAGAUCCUGAACAGAAGCUCCAAUUCUUCACAGCUCGGCAAGUGGCAUAUCGUUUGUUAGGCAGCAGAGGAUAUCUUUGCCAGAAUUGUUGGCUUCCUCUUGAGGAUUGUAUGUGUUCAAAACUUAUCCAGCAUUCCAUUUGGCAAGGAAUUCGUUUCUGGUUAUACAUGCACCCCAAGGAUUUCUUGAGAAAGAAUAAUACUGGGAAGCUUUUGUGGCAAGUAUAUGGGAAGAAAGCAGCUCGCCUAUGCAUAUUUGGUAUACAGGAGCAUGAAGAAGCUAUGUGGAAUACCUUCAAAAUAGCAGGUAGAGACAGGGUUUGGUGCUUGUAUCCAGAGGGAAAGACUGACGUGUGUUGUUUUAAUGAGUUGAAAGUUCCAGAGUGCAUAGCUAGUUCAAACUCUAAUGAUAUCAUGAUGGAUGAUGACUUGUCUAUGAAUUUCAUAUUGGUUGAUGGGACAUGGAGAAACUCUAGAGCGAUGCUGGCCCGUCUUAAGGAUCAUGCACAUGCUAUCUGGGGUGACAAAGGAUUGUCGGUUAUUGCACUUUCCCAUUCGAAUGUAUCUGUUAUGCAUAGACUGAGACCCCAACCAUCAUUAGAUCGGUCAUGCACAGCAGGAGCUGCCAUUCAAUUGUUAUAUGAUUUAAUUGUACACCAAGAACUGGAAUCUAAAAAGUUGGCUCAGUCAGCUGAAGCCCUUGAAGAUUCCUUGGACCUUCUACUUAAUGCUCUUUCAAGUCGUCGUCAACGGUAUGGCAAGCCAGUAAUUCGUGCACAAAGAUGGAAAAAUAGUACGUGAUGACAGAAAUUUCCAGAGAUGGAAGUACUGAUUUAAGGUCUGCUGUAAGAGAAUUCAUCAUGUAUACAGUUUGGGUGCCAACAUAUCCACCCAGUGAAAGAAGAGAUGUCGCAUAAGUUAAAGACUUAGCAUUUACAUUGUCAUCAGUUCAAUGCAUCUCUCUACUAUCAAAUGAACUGCUAAUAUACUAAGUGUUGUCAUUCAAAUUAGUUUUGAUCUAAACGUUAAGCUUUAAAAAAGAGAUCUGUGCAACCUAAAUGAUUUUUUCAUUUUAGUGCUCGUCAAAGUUUCUGAAUGUGAGUAUGCAAAAUCUUCCUCA